CAUCUUUAUAAUAUUUCUACUUAUCAGAACUCAGCUGACAAGUCUUGUUCGUUCGCAGGAGGAAUCAGGAUGGCAACUGUUGGAGCAAGCACAGCCACCAACCAAGUUGAGCAAGCUGUCUGUGUGCACAGUAACAGUGGGCGAGACACUCAACAAACCUGUGUCCUGUCCUGGGAGUCGUUGAAUGCUGAUAUGCUGGAGCUGAUCGCUGAACGGGUACUCUCUAGCGACCUGCUGCACUACGUCUGGUUCCGCGCGGUGUGCAAAAAGUGGCGUGCCGCCACUCCUUGCCCGCUCGGCCAUGGCGUGGUAGACCCGCGCUUUCACCCACGGCAAUGGAUGAUGUUUCCAGAGGGCAACGGGCUUCACCCCGGCCACGCUGCAUUGGGCGGCUACAUCCGCUUCCUCAACAUCGACACCGGCAUCUUCAUCCGUGUGCACCUGCCGUGCUUCGAGGAUCACUCCGUGCUCGACUGCCCUGACUGCCUCCUUCUCCUGCAGCGCAAGAAGGACGCUGCUAUCUGCCUCCUCCACCCCUUCACCGGUGAUGUUGCCGAGUUCCCUCCCCUUGCCUCCCUCUGCUUGUACAUGAGCAAGUUCGGUAGCUUUCUGCAUGGCCCUUACGAUCUUCGACUACGGAUGGUCCACGCGGCUGUCUCUGUCCAUGUGGGUGGCAGUGUUACCAUCACGCUCGCGCUCAGCCACGCCGAGCGCAUGGCAUACGCAUCCACCGGUGACAAGCACUGGACUCACACAAGCUGGAUGAUGUGUGGCAUGAGGACAGCAUUGCCAUUCCGUGGCAGCCUCUACAUGGUGAGGAGCUCGAAAAACAAACCUUCACACAUCAUGCGUGUUGAUCCACCAGACAGCUCCAGUUCCUCCUCGUGGCCGUCUACACCGCCACAAAUGAUCGCGACAUGUUCAGCUCUGCCUAAGCCUUACCUGGUGGAGUGUGAUUCUGAACUUCUUCUGGUUGGCUACACCCACAGAAAGUCCCGGCUUUUGGUUUUCCGGCUCUCUGACCUCCUGCUUGGAGUUGUUGCCAUGCCAUUGACAAGCAUCGGUGACCACACCCUCUUCAUUGGCACUUGGAGCAUGUCCGUCAACUCCAGGAACUCCGUCACCUUUCUCAGCCCACCUAACAAUGGCCAACUGCAGCAAUAUGAUCUGGGCAGGGGUACCUGGUCGCCGCUAUGUGAUGGAAACUUCCGCAGUGCCUGCGGCCCCAUGCCAAGGCCAUACAGUCUUGUCCACCACAUUGUCAGUUGUUGCCAGCGUCUUUACUGGAUCAGUGGACACAUCUGGACCCGCCACCAUCAUUCUGAUCCUUGUUGCCGACGUCUUCUGCAGUGAUCAGUUGAAGGCUAUUCAUCUUUCCAAGAUCUAAGUUAAGUUUGAAUGUCUCUGCUUUGCAGGUGAUCACACAGCUUUAUGUGGUUCGAACACAUGUCUACAGAUGGUUAAGUAUUGUGUAAGACUUUUUAGAUCACUAAAGCAGUGACCUAAAAGUCCUAUAUUAGUUUACACAGGUAGUAUUUGGCUGUGUGUUUUGCCUCUACACUCUCUGUCUCUGUCUACUUUUGUUCAGACAUUUGAAUCUAAUUUGGAUGAAUUCGGAAAUAUGCUGGGUUGUGCUUUUAUCAUGCUGGGAAACACUGCGUGACAUAUACUGC